UCUAUUUCAAAAACUCAGAGUAGCUUUCAAACUUCGCGCUAAUGAUAGAAUAAUAUUUAUUCAAGCAUUUACAACAGAUCAGUAUCUAAUUGAUCACUUUCAAUAGAAUAGUAACAUUUGAGUCAUGUGCAUUGUAUUCAUCAAAACAAACCCAAAUCCCAAAAAUGGGGAAUACAGGCUGAUUAUAGCCUCCAACCGUGAUGAAUUUUACAAGAGGCCAGCGAAAAAAGCUUUCCUUUGUACAGACUCAAAAAUUAUUGGUGGUAGAGAUCUGGAGGAAAAUAGAGAGAAUGGAAUGUGGUUAGGUUUGAGGAUAGAUGAGAAAAAACAGACACUACGCUUUGGAAGCCUUUUGAACGUUACAGGAGAAGAGAAAAACACAAACGUGCAGAGCAGGGGAUUCAUAGUACCAAACUAUCUGAAAGCCAAGGAGUCUACAGUUCAGUAUUUCGAAAAUCUAUUGAAGAAUGCGGAAUUCAACGCCUUCAAUCUGGUGGCAGUAGAAUUGAACAAGAAAGAAGUAUCCGUCUAUUUCCUGAGCAAUACCCCGAUUCAAAUCUGCAAAUUUCACGGUGAACAAACGCUAGGUUUCGGAAAUUCGCCAGUUAACAGACCGUUGACCAAAGUCAGAAACGGUAGACACCGAUUUGAAGAUGUGGUCCAGACGUCCAAGUCCAAAGAAGAACUGAAGGACGGUCUUCUCAAACUGCUGAAGUCAAACGAGAGGAAUCUGCCGGACCCAGAAUUACAGAGGAGAGCACCGCAGGCUUACGAACAGCUGUCAUCGAUUUAUGUGGAGAUUAAAAAAACUUACGGUACAAGAACUCACUCCAUCGUCCUCGUCGAUAAAGAUUGGAAUGUUGAAUUCUAUGAAGAUACAAUGGAAUCGCCUAUUAAUCCCGAUAAUAUAGUGUGGGGAAAUUCAGUUAUUAAAAGCAGUUUGUGAAU